CUCUGAUUUUCUUGAAUAAGAUCAACAAGGCCCCUGCUUCAGGUACCACCUACCCUCCUGGCUUGGAGGAGGCCAUUCCCACCUCCGUUCCCCACCAACUGGGAGCCCCCCCUGCACCCACGUGAGGCCACGGCAGCCACAGGCCCUGGGGAAGUUGCAGGGGCGCCUUCAGCACCGCUCAGGCGGGGCUCAGUCCUGCUUCCCUCAGGCAGCUUCGACGCCAGCUCAGCCUCGUGAUCAUUGCCCGGCUGCUGGACCAGCAAGAGACGCUCCCUCUCUGGCAAGAGAAGGCCCAGCUGUCCUCGCUCAGCCAUCUCCUGAGCCUCAUGAGGCCAUCAACCCUGGGGCAGUACCUGGGCCCCGAGACCAUGCCGCCCGGCCAGGAGAAGCAGCCAAAGGCCAGUGCCCAGCUAGACCACAAGGUCUGCUACCUGUGUCACAGCCUCCUGACGCUGGCUGGGCUGGUGGUCAGCUGCCAGGACAUUACUCCAGACCAAUGGGGAGAGGUGCAGCUGCUGUGCAUGCAAUUGGACCGCAGCAUCAGCACCCACAUCCGGGAGAGCCCCCAGGCCAUGCACUGGACCGCACUCAAGGACCUGGCUGCCCAGACCUACAUCCGCUGGCAGGAGCUGCUGGUCCACUGCCAGCCCCAGACCCAGUACUUCAGCCCCUGGGAAGACAUCUAAUGGAGCAGGGCAGGGGUGGCCCAGUGCUCCUGGCCCUGGCAGGAAGUGAACAUGGCCCAGCUAACUGAAGGCGUGAAGAAUGGAGACCAGAGGAGGACCAGCCAGCUGAAGCAAGCACCUGCCUCCCCCGCUGCCCUGAGCCCCCUCCGGGCAAGGACCCUGCCUCUCGCUGCCUGGCUCACCUCUCAGCUCUCCUUCCCUUCCCCACCGCCUCCUCUCCCCGAGACCUUUGUCUCCAAAGCUCUGGUUUUCCUGGGCUUCCUGGGUCCUCCGGCCACCAUCCUCCCCACCCUCCUUCCCAUCUCUGUGUGUCCCUAAUGUGAGGGUUCCUUGUGCACGCUAAAGUCUCAUUUCAGCAUCA